ACCAUAUCUCUCUCCACUUUUCCCCAAUUCAGAGCAUGCCGGAGAUGCUGGACCACAAAGGCGUUCCGAUCAGUUCGGUAAAAGCCACCCACACCCGCACCCACGUUGCCACCAUAAGCGUGGUGGAUCAUUGCCUCCCCUACAACACCCACAACCUAUACGAUGUCACUUUCCAAACCCACACCAUCUACACCCUCCUCACCUCCGAUCCCUCCCUCGUCCACUCCUGGAUCUCCACCAACGUCCACAGCCGUCAAACUGGCCUCAUGGUGGGCCUGGAUAUCGAGUGGCGGCCCAACACGCAGCGCAACAUGCAGAACCCCGUUGCCACGCUCCAACUAUGCUUCGACCAACACUGCCUCGUCUUCCAGAUCCUUCACUCCCCUUCCAUCCCUCCUUCCCUCGUUUCCUUCCUCGCUGAUUCCAAUGUCACCUUCUUUGGCGUCGGGAUCGAAGAUGACGCCAAGAAGCUUCUAAGAGACUACAAUCUCCGCGUUGUUAAUAUUCGUGACCUUCGCUCUCUCGCUGCCGAGAAGCUUCGUGACACGAAACUAAACCGGGCUGGGAUUAAGUCGUUGGGCCUCCGAGUGUUGGGUUUGGUGGUUGAGAAGCCCAAACGGAUCACGAGGAGUUGGUGGGACAAUCCCAGGCUCACUCCACAGCAGGUUCAGUAUGCUGUGAUUGAUGCCUUUCUCUCUUACGAGAUUGGACGCAGUUUGAGUGUAAUGACUCCUAGACCUCCUGUCUCUUCCCAGCCUUAUGAGAGGUGUGGAAUGACAAUGGCUCCUAAACCUCCUGUCUCUUCCCAGCCUUCCGUGAUGUGUGGAAUAGGAAUGACUCCCAGACCUCCUGCCCCUUCCCAGCCUUAUGAGAUGUGUGAACUAGCAAUGGCUCCUAGACCUCCUGUCUCUUCCCAACCUUCUGAUAUGUGUGGAAUAUCAAUGACUCCUAGACCUCUUGCCUCUUCCCAGCCUUCUGAGAUGGGUGGAAUACCAAUGGCUCCUAAACCUCCUGCCUCUUCCCAACCUUAUGAGAUGUGUGGACUAGCUGUGGCUCCUACACCUCCGGUCUCUUCCCAGCCUUCUGAGAUGUAUGGAAUAGCAAGGGCCAUAGAGACAAUGGCUGCUAUUAUACAACAUCAAAAUGCAGUGAUAGUUGAAAGUCAUCGGACUUUCAUGCAACAGUUGGAAGCUGCAAAAGUAACCACUCCUGCAUCUGUUCCCUGUGUUGGAGAGUUUUCUCCUCUUGAACAGACAACAAAAAUAGAGAAGAGGUCAGAAGUUAUGCCUAACAGAGUGGUUUGCCAACAGAAGGGAGAAUCUUCAGGAGAGAUGGCCAAGACAAAUCAGCAUAAGCCAUGUGAUAGAUCUCCGUAUCAGAGGACUGGGGCAUCCUCUUCCCAACCUUUGCGGUCACAAUCCAUGAGUAUGAAGUGUUAUCGAUGUAAAAGGUCACAUCUUCAAGGAAAUUGUCCUCAAUCGGCAGAAAAGAAGUGUUUUCUGUGUCAGAAGGAAGGCCAUUACGCAAGAGUUUGUCCAAAUAGGAAAGGACCAGUUGCUACAGGAGUAGAACAACAAAAAGGAGAAAAUGAUGGCAGAUCCCAAGUGGUGGAGAAGAGGUGUCGUCGUUGUGAUGGACCUCAUAUGGUAAAGGAUUGUCAUGCUGAUAAAAAAUCUGAUAAGAAGUGUUAUGUGUGUCGAAGUGGAGGGCAUCUAGCCCGAGAUUGCCCAACCAGGGGAGAACAACUUGAUGCAAAGGAUUGUCAGCAGCCUACCGAUAAGAAGUGUUAUCGGUGUCAAAAAGGAGGACAUAUAGCCCGAGAUUGUCCAACCAGGGGAGAACAACUUGAUACAGGGACAGUGCAACAAGGAAGGGUGGAGGGUGAAGGUUAUAAUGAUGAGAAAUUACCUCUGCUAUAAGAUGAUUUAUAUCUUGUAUGGUCUAUUAUCAUAAUACUAGCUUAUUUCUGUGUUGGUUGUGGUUCGCCCACCUGCAGAGUCAUUGUAUGUUAUAUGUAAGUAGAGGAUGGGGUAGGUGGAAGUGGUGGGCAGCAGUGAGAUUGUUAGGAGUUGUAUCUACUGCUAUUUAUAUAGUUGUGUUUUAUACAUUCCUUUGAGUAUUAAAAGAAGUUCUAAAUUUUUGAAA